GCUGCUCUGAGUCAUGUGCAAGCGGGAGGCGCGCUGACGCGGAGCGGGCCCAGAGAGAGCCGAACCGAGAGCCGCGCGCAGAGCCGAGGGACACUCCGUGUGUGCGAAGCGCUGCUCCGCGGCGAUGGGGGCUGCCCCUAGGGCUUGAGCCCGCCCGCCGCCCCGCCCCUGACGCUGGGUUCCCGCCCGCCUGCCUGUCUGCCUUUUGGGGACGGUGGGGCAUUGGCAGAAGAGGAAACAUGCUGGCCGUCUACUGCGCAUUGCUGGCCUCCCUGCUGGCCGCCCCGGGGGUGGCGCUGGCCCAGAACUGCUCUAAGCUUGAAGUGGCGAGUGAUGUGUUGACCAGCCUGCCAGGGAACAGUGUUACCCUGACCUGCCUAGGGGCAGAACCAGAAGACAACACCACAGUGGAGUGGGUGCUGGGGAAUCCGGCCCCAGGCUCACAGCCAAGGAGAUGGGCUGGUGUGGGCAGUAGGCUGCUUUUGAGAACCGUACAGUUCAGUGACUCUGGGAACUAUUCAUGCUACCAAGAUGGCCGCCCUGCUGGAUCUGUGCACCUGCUGGUAGAUGGUGAGUUGUGCUCAGAGCUUUCCAGAUGCUCCAGGGCAGCUCCCGCCUUGAGUGUGGAGACUGACAGGCAAGUCUGCCCCUGCUUUAUGUCCAACAGCCAGAUGAGUCCCGGGAAAGAAUUUGUGAAGCCGUGCCAGUACUCUCAAGAGUCCCAGAAGUUCUCCUGCCAGUUGCCAGUGCGAGAGGGGGACUCCUCUUUCCAUGUAGUGACCCUGUGUGUCGCCAACAGUUUGGGGAGCAAGACCAGCAGGACCCUGACAUUUGAUGGCUUUAAAAUCCUGCAGCCCGACCCACCUAUCAAUAUCAUUGUCACUGCUGUGGACAGAAAACCUCGCUGGCUCAAUGUCACCUGGAAAGACCCCUCCUCUUGGAACUCAUCAUUCUACAGGCUUCGAUUUGAGGUCCGAUACCAAGCAGAACGGUCCAAGACAUUCACACAAUGGAUGGUCAAGGGUCUCCAGCAUUACUGCGUUAUCCACGACGCCUGGGCAGGCAUGAGGCAUGUGGUACAGCUUCGGGCCCAGGAGGAGUUUGGGCACGGACAGUGGAGCCCAUGGAGCACAGAGGCCACAGGCACCCCUUGGACAGAACCCAGAAGUACUCCUGCAGCCGAGGUGUCCACCCCCACACAGGAACCUACUACUAACACAGAGGACAAUGAUAAGUACCCUGAAGAUUCUCCAAAUACAACAAGCCCAGUGCAACAGCUUUCUUCAGAACCACUGCCCAUGUUCCUGGUAGCUGGCGGAAGCCUGGCCUUCGGGGCACUCCUCUGCAUUGGCAUUGUCCUGAGGUUCAAGAAGACAUGGCAGCUGCAGACUCUGAAAGACAGCAAGACCAACGCGCAUCCACCAUAUGCCUUGGGGCAGCUGGUCCCCGAGAGGCCCACACCCACCCCGGUGCUUGUUCCUCUCAUCUCCCCGCCAGUGUCCCCCAGCAGCCUUGGGUCUGACAACACUCUGAACCACAGCCAGCCAGAUGCCAGGGAGCCCCAAAGCCCUUAUGACAUCAGCAAUCAAGACUACUUCUUCCCCAGAUAGCUGGCAGACUGGGUGCCAGACAUGCUGACCGCCAGGGUGAUGGAGCACCGCUCAGUGAAAGGCGCUCCUGACUAUCAUGCCAGCCCUCAGGGGCAUGGGGCCUCUGGCUUCACUUUUACAGAACAGCUUCGCACCCUUCUACUCUGGAUGAGAAAUGAGUUCGCUUCAUCUGCUCAGAAGGAAAAGGUGGUUGAAUUUUCAAAGCUCCCUUCCCAAAUGCCCUGCUUAAAGGUGCUGGAGCAGACACAGGCCAUGUCUAGACUCUGCUGGACACCCAGGGGGCACAGCCUGUGCAAGCCUCGGUGUGAGAAGCUGCUGGCCACUACCUUGCUGGCCACUCCUCAUGCUGUAGCCUUAGGCAGGCAGGAUGUGUGUCCAGCCAAAGAUCCCCCAAUGCCCAGCUCCUGGCCCCUAAGCCUGUUUAUCUCUCACCUCAAACUCUUGGAACUCUGGUGCCUUUGCAGGUGCAUUUUUCUAGGCUUAAGGAUGGCUUUUACUGAAACCACAGAGGCCGAGGGAAGAAGGCUCUCCUGCCUUUCUUCCCCACACUUGAAAACAGGUGGGGGUGGGUGGGUGGGUGAAUAACACAGUAUCUCAGGACGAGAUGGUUUUAAGUGGAAUUAUAAUUAGUCUCUCAUUAGCAUUUUGCUAAAUGUGAAUGAUAAUUCUCGGCAUUUGCUGAAUACAGAAGCCACUGCACUGGCUUUAGAUCUCAGGAAUUCUGGAGGGAAAAGUGGAGAUGAAGGAGGGGAGUGGAGGACAGGGUCUCCAGGGUCUCCUUUGGUGGGGGAGCUGAGGCAGCCCACAGCCUCCGAGCUCUCUGCCCCCAUCAAUGGAAAGCAGGCAAUAGAGCAGGCUUCUGCUAGGGUUGAGACCAAAACUGUUUUAUUCCAGCUUUAUUUUUUCAACUGAGGGAAGAUAAUAUUCAUGUGAAAAGAGAAAAUAACCCAGCAAGAAUGUUUUUUAAUUUGGUUUUUAAAAAAUUGCUGACUAUUUCCUCUGCUGAGUGUGGCAGAUCCAGUAAUCACUGGGUGUCAGUGUAUAAAUAAUUUGGGGGUGGGGGGAGGACGGGAGGCUAGUCACUUCAUCUAGCCCAAAACUGAGUUAAAUGAAAAAGGAGGAGGAGAAAAAAAUAUUUUUCCCUACUAGAGAAGAGAUUCUGGUUUCAUUCUAUGUUUUGUUUUUGUUUUAAAAAGUGGAAAAAUAGCCUACCUCUUCUCCACUCCGGGGGAAAGCAGCUUGUGACUUCAUAACCCCAGCGGUUAAACAGGAAAGUGCCGUCUCACUCCCUCUGGUUACACAAGGGGAGCAGCCUCCCACGAUUACUAGGCAGGGUCCUAGAAUUCCCCACCCCGUGAGGUCUCUGCUAUCAAAGUGGAGGUUCAUUUAAAAAUUCCUAACCUCGAUGCCUUCCUCUUUUUGUUUUCCUAGAGGUUGAUUCAGCUCAGCUGGAAAGGAAACACCAACUAAAUGUGUAGCCUUGACAUUGUGACUAACACUUCAGCUGACUUCUCUGUCCAGGGUUCGAAAAAUUAGUGAUUAGUGGUUACCCAAGACAGGUGCUCUCCAGGACUGGGGUAUCCCUGUGUGGCACUGUGAUUAAUUUCAGUCCUGUAGUCACAGACUCGAGUUUUACCAGACCACAGAGCUUUUCUAGUGGUCUGCCCUUUUAGAAAAACCACCACCCCCAGACAGGUACAAAAGGAUGAAAAUGACUGUUUUAUUUGCUGUUUGCUGGGUUCAAGCUAUUGAUAUCUUAAGCAAGUAGUGAUUUUCUUUGGGGGCUUCGAACCUUUUAGAUCCGGUUGCUGCCUCAGGCAGCUCAUCUAAAGUUAACAAAAGCCUGGAGGUGUUUAUGGUGUGUGUUUUUUUUUUCUCUAUAAAGUUUCUGGGACUUAAACAGCAAAAAUGCUGUUAAAGGGAAAUAUUAAAAACGAGAAUUUGCACGAGAAAGGGUGAUUCUGUGCCCACGGUUCUUUAAUUCUUUACACUGUUUUACCCACAUCUAGUACUACCAAAGCUGGGCAGAGCCGGGCUAGUGGAAGAUGUGAAAUCCAGAUAACUCAUUAUCGCUCAGAGCACGGCAGCUUUGAUCUUCGAAUUGUUAUUGCUUUCAUUAUUAUUGUAACAGAACUGCUUUUCUUUUUUUUAAUUGAAGGAGGGUUUUCCCCUUCAUUUUUCAUAAGCUAGUACCAAUGAAGGAGGUGUCUGUGGCUCUGCCCCACAGGCCUCACUCAGUGCAACACAAAUCUAUGGCCUGAGCUUUCUCUGUCCUUUACUCUGUGGUGACUGGACAUGAGUCUGACUCACAGGCCCAUCUUACCUGUGUCUCUGCAGCACACCUGCUGCCUUGCACGCUCAGUAGAGCUGCGGCUCACCUCUCACCUGCCACUGUCCACCACGCAGCCGGAUGUGAAAUGUCGGCACAGAGACGAUUUAGAGUAAGCAUGACAACUUACCUUUUUGGGUAGGAAAAGCAAAAAAUAUGUUGGUUCAAGGUCUAAAAAUUAAAGUGAUCUCAUUAAUUCUUGAAGCAUUAAUGAAAUAUUUCAAAGAUAUUUCAAAGAUAUAUUCAGCAUUGGAUAUAUGUGAGGCAUUUGGUAAACCUGAGACCUCUUUGCUCUGAGGAGACCUUGCCCUGGUGCUCUGUUCACCAGACUCUGAGCUCACCCCGAGUCCUCGGAGGUCUCUGCUGCCCUGGGAGAAAGGAAACUGGUCAUGAUGACACAGUGCAGAGCCUGCUGUUAGAGCUAGGCAGGGGGUCCACUUGGUGGAGAAAAGGGCCCAGUGGGGCAGGCUGGGUGUACGUGUGGUUUGUGGGUUUUCUGGAGAAUGUUCAGGAAACCUCUGCACAGCUGAGCUAUGUCAUCUUACUGUAGGGCCUUAAGGCCGACCCAGCUAGAGAGGGUGCUAACACCCAGUUCCAGGUGGAGUUGAUGAGAAAUUGUCUUAAUUUGGAGACAUGGCGGGGUAACCCAUGGUCCACUGGGGCCUGAGCCCCAUGCCCAGUGUCCUAUGUAGCUAUUGGCAGCAGGCUGCUGAGGCAUGGGUAGGCCAACCAGGCCACCUGUGCCACAUGCUCCUGAGUGUCCCCUAAAGGUCCUUCCUGUCUCCUAUCCUCAGUGUGGUGGGUGCCAGCACCAGGGGUCUCCAUGGCAACCUCAGUGAUUAUUAAGGAACGCUGUUUUAUAAGAACUACUUUAGAAGGAAAGGGUUGGAACAGCAUGUAGCAAGACUUAAUUGAUAGCCCCUGCCGGAUGGAAAUCAUGUCUGUUAAAUAGAAUACCUCAACUCUGUGCUGUUUGCUUGAGGAGAAAUGAUAAGUUUUAAGUUUUUUUUUUGUUUGUUCUGUUUUCUUUCUUUCUUUCUUUCUUUUUAACCUAAUUACCUAGAAGCAAAUACCAAAGGCUGACGUCUGUAUACGGGCAAGGUGUCCAUGUGGUAUGUUUUACAAUGUUUUUCCUUUUAACCAGCUAUUUUGCAUUUAAAGUGAAAAUUGUAAAUGUUUGCAAUAAAUAAUUUCUAAAAACA